GUCAGAGAUGACAAUAAGAGGCAGCACCCAUGUCUGGUGGAGUUCUCCAAGCUGCCGGAACAGGAACGCAACUACAAUUUGCAGAUGUCGCUUGAAACGCUCAAGACUUUGUCGGCCUUGGGCUGUCAUGUGGGUAUCUGUGAUGAACAUGCUGAAGAGAAGGUGAAGAAGAUGAAGCUUCCCAAGAAUUACCAGUUGACAAGUGGAUACAAGCCUGCUCCAAUGGAUCUGAGCUUUGUAAAACUCACCCCCUCUCAGGAAGCAAUGGUAGACAAGUUGGCAGAAAAUGCUCACAAUGUGUGGGCCCGGGACCGAAUCCGACAGGGCUGGACUUACGGCAUCCAGCAGGAUGUGAAGAACAGAAGAAACCCCCGCCUUGUCCCCUACACCCUCCUGGAUGACAGAACCAAGAAGUCGAACAAGGACAGUCUCCGGGAGGCGGUCCGCACGCUGCUGGGUUACGGCUACAACCUGGAAGCCCCGGAUCAGGACCACGCCGCCAGAGCCGAGGUAUGCAGCGGCACUGGGGAGAGGUUCCGCAUCUUCCGGGCGGAGAAGACCUAUGCAGUGAAGGCUGGGCGCUGGUACUUUGAGUUUGAGGCGGUCACUUCUGGAGACAUGCGGGUGGGCUGGAGCAGGCCAGGCUGCCAGCCAGAUCUGGAACUGGGCUCUGAUGAGCGUGCUUUUGCUUUUGAUGGCUUCAAGGCACAGCGGUGGCACCAGGGUAACGAACACUACGGGCGCUCUUGGCAAGCAGGUGAUGUUGUGGGCUGUAUGGUUGACAUGAACGAACACACCAUGAUGUUCACCCUGAACGGUGAGAUCCUGCUGGAUGACUCGGGAUCUGAGCUGGCUUUUAAGGACUUCGAUGUGGGUGAUGGGUUCAUUCCUGUGUGCAGCCUCGGCGUGGCACAAGUAGGUAGAAUGAACUUCGGAAAGGAUGUUAGCACCUUGAAAUAUUUCACCAUCUGUGGCUUACAAGAGGGCUAUGAGCCAUUCGCUGUUAACACAAACCGGGACAUCACUGUGUGGUUGAGCAAACGGCUCCCACAGUUCCUCCAGGUCCCACCAAACCACGAACACAUUGAGGUGACCAGGAUAGAUGGCACCAUAGACAGUUCCCCCUGUCUGAAGGUCACUCAGAAGUCCUUCGGUUCUCAGAACAGCAGCACUGACAUCAUGUUUUACCGCCUGAGCAUGCCCAUUGAGUGUGCGGAGGUCUUCUCCAAGACCAUGGCUGGAGGGCUCCCAGGCGCUGGCCUCUUCGGGCCCAAGAAUGAGUUGGAAGACUACGAUGUGGAUUCUGACUUUGAGGUUCUCAUGAAGACUGCUCAUGGCCAUCUGGUGCCCGACCGCAUUGACAAAGAGAAGGACACUCCAAAGCCAGAGUUCAAUAACCACAAAGAUUAUGCUCAGGAGAAGCCCUCCCGUCUGAAGCAAAGAUUCUUACUUCGAAGAACAAAGCCAGACUACAGCACAAGCCAUUCUGCGAGACUCACUGAAGAUGUCCUUGCUGAUGACCGUGACGACUAUGACUGCCUGAUGCAGACAUCCAUGUACUAUUACUCGGUGAGGAUCUUCCCCGGACAAGAACCAGCUAAUGUCUGGGUGGGCUGGAUUACAUCUGACUUCCACCAGUAUGACACAGGCUUUGACUUGGAUAGAGUCCGCACGGUGACUGUCACGCUAGGAGACGACAAAGGAAAAGUGCAUGAGAGCAUCAAACGCAGCAACUGCUACAUGGUGUGUGCGGGAGAGAGCAUGAGCCCCGGGCAAGGACGUAACAACAACGGGCUGGAGAUCGGCUGCGUGGUGGAUGCCGCCAGCGGGCUGCUCACGUUUAUUGCCAACGGCAAGGAGCUAAGCACUUACUAUCAGGUGGAGCCGAGCACAAAAUUAUUUCCCGCAGUCUUUGCACAAGCUACAAGUCCCAAUGUUUUCCAGUUUGAGUUGGGCAGAAUAAAGAACGUGAUGCCUCUCUCAGCGGGACUGUUUAAGAGUGAGUACAAAAACCCUGUGCCCCAGUGUCCCCCACGUCUGCACGUCCAGUUCCUGUCACAUGUUCUGUGGAGCCGGAUGCCCAACCAGUUCUUGAAGGUGGACGUCUCUCGGAUCAGUGAACGCCAAGGCUGGUUGGUGCAGUGUCUGGACCCUCUGCAGUUCAUGUCCCUUCACAUCCCUGAGGAGAACAGAUCGGUUGAUAUCUUAGAGUUGACUGAGCAGGAGGAGUUGCUGAAAUUUCACUACCACACCCUCCGGCUCUACUCCGCCGUCUGUGCCCUGGGGAACCACCGGGUGGCACACGCACUGUGCAGCCACGUGGAUGAACCUCAGCUGCUUUAUGCCAUCGAGAACAAGUACAUGCCUGGCCUGCUGCGCACUGGCUACUACGACCUGCUGAUCGACAUCCACCUCAGCUCCUACGCCACGGCCAGGCUCAUGAUGAACAGCGAAUUCAUCGUCCCCAUGACAGAGGAGACCAAGAGCAUCACCCUCUUCCCGGAUGAGAACAAGAAGCAUGGCCUCCCGGGCAUCGGCCUCAGCACCUCCCUCCGGCCUCGAAUGCGGUUUUCCUCCCCAAGCUUCGUGAGCAUCAGCAGUGAAUGUUGCCAGUACAGCCCUGAGUUUCCACUGGAUAUCCUAAAGGCCAAGACCAUCCAAAUGCUGACAGAGGCGGUGAGGGAGGGGGGCCUGCACGCGCGGGACCCUGUGGGUGGGACCACGGAGUUCCUCUUUGUGCCUCUCAUCAAACUCUUCUACACCCUGCUCAUCAUGGGAGUCUUCCACAACGAGGAUUUGAAGCACAUCUUGCAGUUGAUCGAGCCCAGCGUGUUUAAGGAGGCUGCCCCUGGGGAGGAGGAAGGAGGCACGCUGGAGAAGGAGCUCAGCGUGGAAGACUCCAAGCAGGAUGGAGAGGGUGAAGAAGAAAUCAAAGGAGGAAAGAGGCCCAAGGAAGGCCUACUCCAAAUGAAACUGCCCGAGCCGGUUAAACUGCAGAUGUGCCUCUUGCUUCAGUACCUCUGUGACUGCCAGGUCCGGCAUCGGAUAGAGGCCGUCGUAGCCUUCUCAGAUGACUUUGUGGCUCAGCUCCAAGACAAUCAGCGUUUCAGAUAUAAUGAAGUUAUGCAAGCCUUAAACAUGUCCGCCGCACUCACUGCCAGGAAAACCAAGGAGUUCAGGUCACCACCUCAAGAGCAGAUCAACAUGCUUCUCAAUUUUAAGGAUGACAAAAGUGAAUGUCCAUGUCCCGAAGAGAUCCGAGACCAACUCCUGGACUUCCACGAGGACCUGAUGACACACUGUGGGAUCGAGCUGGAUGAGGAUGGCUCGCUGGAUGGAAGCAAUGAUUUAACCAUCAGAGGCCGUCUGCUGUCCUUGGUAGAAAAAGUGACCUACCUGAAGAAGAAGCAAGCUGAAAAGCCAAUUGCAAGGGAUUCCAAGAAGUCCUCCAGUCUACAGCAGCUGAUUUCUGAGACCAUGGUCCGGUGGGCUCAAGAGUCUGUCAUUGAGGACCCCGAGCUGGUGAGGGCCAUGUUUGUGUUGCUACAUCGGCAAUAUGACGGCAUCGGAGGCCUAGUCAGGGCACUGCCGAAGACCUACACCAUCAACGGCGUCUCUGUGGAAGACACCAUCAACCUGUUGGCAUCUCUUGGCCAGAUCCGUUCUCUCCUGAGUGUGAGGAUGGGCAGAGAAGAGGAGAAGCUGAUGAUUCGUGGACUAGGGGAUAUCAUGAAUAACAAAGUGUUUUACCAGCAUCCUAAUCUUAUGAGGGCACUCGGCAUGCAUGAGACAGUGAUGGAAGUCAUGGUGAACGUCCUUGGAGGCGGAGAGUCGAAGGAGAUCACCUUUCCCAAGAUGGUGGCCAAUUGCUGCCGUUUUCUCUGCUACUUCUGUCGCAUAAGCAGACAGAAUCAGAAAGCUAUGUUUGACCAUCUCAGUUACUUACUGGAAAACAGCAGUGUUGGUCUGGCCUCACCAGCCAUGAGGGGUUCAACGCCACUGGACGUAGCAGCAGCAUCUGUGAUGGAUAAUAAUGAACUUGCCCUAGCUCUGCGUGAACCGGAUCUGGAAAAGGUCGUCCGCUAUUUGGCUGGCUGUGGUCUACAGAGCUGUCAAAUGCUGCUAUCUAAAGGUUACCCAGACAUUGGGUGGAAUCCAGUUGAAGGAGAGCGAUAUCUUGACUUUCUCAGAUUUGCUGUCUUCUGUAAUGGGGAGAGUGUGGAAGAGAAUGCCAACGUAGUGGUGAGGCUGCUCAUCAGGAGGCCCGAGUGCUUUGGUCCAGCCUUGAGAGGGGAAGGGGGCAAUGGCCUUCUCGCAGCCGUGGAAGAAGCCAUAAAAAUAGCAGAAGAUCCUUCUAGAGAUGGCCCCUCACCAACCAGCGGAUCCAGCAAAACCCUUGACAUAAAAGAGGAGGAAGAUGACACCAUCCACAUGGGGAAUGCCAUCAUGACUUUCUACGCAGCUUUGAUUGACCUGCUGGGUCGCUGUGCUCCCGAGAUGCACUUGAUUCACGCUGGGAAGGGGGAAGCCAUCCGAAUCAGGUCUAUUUUGAGAUCCCUGAUUCCACUGGGAGACUUGGUGGGCGUCAUCAGCAUCGCCUUUCAGAUGCCAACAGUAGCUAAAGAUGGGAAGGUGGUGGAGCCUGACAUGUCCGCGGGGUUUUGCCCAGAUCACAAGGCAGCCAUGGUUUUGUUCCUUGACAGGGUCUAUGGGAUUGAGGUGCAAGAUUUCCUCCUCCACCUCCUCGAGGUUGGCUUUCUGCCAGAUCUCCGAGCUGCGGCUUCUCUAGACACGGCUGCUCUGAGUGCUACAGACAUGGCCUUGGCCCUCAAUCGAUACCUUUGCACAGCUGUCCUGCCUUUGUUAACAAGGUGUGCUCCGCUGUUCGCGGGCACAGAGCACCAUGCUUCCCUCAUUGACUCUCUGCUGCACACCGUGUACCGACUGUCAAAGGGCUGCUCCCUCACCAAGGCUCAGCGAGAUGCCAUAGAAGUGUGCCUGCUGUCUAUUUGUGGCCAACUGCGACCUUCCAUGAUGCAGCACCUGCUCAGAAGGCUGGUAUUUGAUGUUCCACUUUUGAAUGAGCAUGCCAAGAUGCCUCUUAAGCUGCUGACAAAUCACUAUGAAAGAUGCUGGAAAUAUUACUGCCUGCCUGGAGGGUGGGGCAACUUUGGAACUGCCUCUGAAGAAGAACUUCAUUUAUCAAGAAAGUUAUUCUGGGGCAUUUUUGAUGCCCUGUCUCAAAAGAAAUAUGAACAAGAACUUUUCAAACUGGCCCUGCCCUGCCUCAGUGCUGUUGCUGGAGCUCUGCCUCCAGACUACAUGGAAUCAAACUAUGUCACCAUGAUGGAAAAACAAUCAUCCAUGGACUCUGAAGGAAACUUUAACCCACAACCUGUUGAUACCUCCAAUAUUACAAUUCCUGAGAAGUUGAAUGAAUACUUCAUUAACAAGUACGCAGAGCAUUCCCAUGACAAAUGGUCCAUGGACAAGUUGGCGAAUGGAUGGAUUUAUGGUGAAAUCUAUUCAGAUUCAUCUAAGAUUCAACCACUAAUGAAGCCAUAUAAACUACAGUCUGAAAAGGUGAGAGAGUGA